ACAAGAUCUGCUGUGGUGUAGGGUUUUUGUCUUCCAGGUAUUUUCUGAGCAAAACUCUCAAUUCAUCCCACCAUGCCCAGCAAAAAGAAGAGAUAUAACGCAAGAUUUCCUCCGGCCCGCAUAAAGAAGAUCAUGCAAACUGAUGAAGAUGUUGGGAAAGUGGCUGCAGCUGUUCCAGUUAUCAUAUCUCGGGCAUUGGAAUUGUUUAUUGAGUCUCUCAUACUGAAAGCUAAUGAGACAACACAGAGUAGACAUGCCAAAACUUUGUCAACAGCACACAUAAAGCAAACUAUAGAGGCAGAGAAGAAAUUUGACUUUCUCAGAGACCUGGUAGCCUGUAUUCCUGAUCAUCAGACUGAAGAAGAUGGUGACACGUCCAAUUCUUCGGACAGUAAAAAACCUAGAGCCCCAAGACAAAGGAAGUCCAAGGUGGAUGGAGCUGGACCAAGCAGGAGAGCACAGAGGAAAAACUCAUCAGACAGUUCCCAUUUGGAAGUCGAUGAGGACGAUGACGAAGAGACAGAAAGUGAUGAUGAACACGAGCGCCUGUCAGGUGCUAAUCACCCUGAGGGAAUAAGCAAUUCACAUGGUCCCCCAGGAGAGACUUUUCACUCCCCUGAUGCCACAGAAGCACACUCACCAAGCACUAGUGAUCGACUUCAGAAUCCAGCAUCAUCGGGUCCUGCAGAAACCUUGAGCUCUCCCCACUCCAGCACUGAUACCUCGCCAGCCCCGGCUGGAUGUGCCCCCCAUCCAGGAUCUCAAGCGGCUAACUAUUACCCCCCUUCUCAAGGGGCUGGACCAUCUGUCUCUCAUUUGAGUCCGUCCACUCCAGGCUUUCCUAGGUUACCCGUCGGAGGAAUGUCCUCAAGUCUUUCACAGGGCCAGAGUGCACAGCCAUACUAUGUGCCUCUCUUCAAUCAUGGGGCACCUGCCACCUCAGGCUUAGCUGCUUCGCCAAUGUUUUCAAACCUUCAGAUGUAUAAGCCGCCUACGAGUGAAGAUGAUGACUAUGAUGCUUGACAUUUGAACAAGUUAUUGUUUGUAACUGUGAAAGUGCAAUGUGUGGAAUGAAAGAAGUGUUAUUUCAUGUUAAGGCAAGCUGUAAAACACAAAGCAAACGAAUCAAAUCUUUAAUGGUAACCUUAUAGCGAAGAAAUAGCCAGAACACUAUUAGAGAACAUUUUGCAUAGUUUAUAAGGUUAUAACAGAUUCUCGUGCGAGGAUUAUUCUGCGUAGACAUUGUAUUACAGUACGUAUACAUCACAAUAGACUUAAAAUGUAACAGAUUUGAAUUUUUCUCUCUGGGUUUCCUUACUCCUAUAUCAUAACAAAUGGUAUUGCUCCUGUCCUGUAAUUCAGGUGGACUUCACAACAGGGGUGUUUGACUGGUGACUUUGACAUUAUAAUUAACUUUUGGAUGUUGGAUUUCUCAAUUUUUGUCGUAAACAUAACCUGCAAGAAAAUCAUGUUCAUGGUGAAGAAAUUAUUUGAAAAUAAAUGGCAGAAAGAAAGAUAUAUUUAGAUCUACUAAGUCUUUCCGGAAUUGUGAAAUUUGAUGCUGUUUGCUACUGUGUGGCAGGUUUGUCAAUCUCAUAUUCAUUGUUAUUGUACAUUAUUCAUGUUCAUGUGUGAGAGAGAUGUUUUAUGAAAAUUAAAUAAGCAUGUGUG